AUGAAGGGGCGGCCUGGACCUAGUCCCAGCGCUGGGAUGCUGCCACCAGUUAGUCCGUCCAUGCGGAAGACACAGCCGAACUUUGGCCUUGCCAAGUCGGCCAGUGAGCCCUCCGUGAGCAGUCUGUCCAGGACGUUGCCCGCAACAGUGAAGGGCUCAUUCCUUCCGCGCCAGAUGGGCCAUCCGACGAUUGCUGCCCGUCGAAACCUCGCGCAGCAGAGGAAGGCUUUGAUCAAGGAGACGCGCGACCUGGAAGACUGCAGCUUCUGGGGUGCCCAGGGCAUUCCCGGCUUCGCAGCCCACUUGAAGUCGCGCUUUGGUUCCAUCUUAGCUGGGUGGCGCCUGCUCGACUCGGAGAAGAAAGGGCGCCUGUCCUUCCAUCCGUUUUGCAAGGCAGCGCGGAAAUGGGGCUACCAUGGCAACGUGAAGAAGCUCUGGACGGAGCUCGAUCCGACCGGCAAGGGCUUCGUCACCUUAGCCGACGUUGAUCCGGAUGUCUGGAACAUGGUUAGCUCUUUCAAAAUCGCACUCAUGCAGCGGUACGGAGACAUGCUGCUCGCAUGGCAAGAGUCCAUCGAUGUGAACGGCGCAGGCAAAGUGUCCGAGAGUGAGAUUGCAGACAGCCUCCAUGAGCUUGGUCUGGAAAUGGAUGCUAGACAGCUGCUCAAAAUGUUCAUAAGUAUGCCGGGGGCGACGCACAUCACCCUCAAGGACUUUGACCCGAGGGCUUACGUUAGGUGGCAGACUUCUGAUCUUCCCGCUCUCUCCAAAGGAGACGAGGCUGAGGAAGGAGCCGACACGCAGAAGGGCCGAGUGGGCACAGAUCGCGGGCGCCUCGGGGUCAGCACGAAGGAGGCGCUCCAAGCUGCGAUGAUCAGCCAGUUCGGCUCCCUAUUCCGCGCCUGGCGGGAGGGCCUUGAUCCGACUGGACGAGAUCGCUUGAGUUGGGGUGAGUUCACCCAUGUCUUCCGACUGCUGGGCCUCCACGGAGACCUGCAGUCCUUGUGGGACCAGCUCGACACAGAGGGCAUCGGGGUGCUUCGCUUCUCCGAUCUGGAUGAGGCCACUGCCUCGAUCUGGUCGGAGAUGCGAGCUUGCUUCGAGCAGGAGUAUGGCAACAUGCUCCGUGCCUGGAUGACAGGGGUGGAUGUCGACGGGGUGGGCCAUGUAGACGAGGACCAGUUCGUUGCAGCGUGCAAGAAGGCUGGCUUCCUGAACGAGACUGGAGCUCGAGAUCUCUUUCACAUCCUGAGGCCACCACAAAGCGGAUCCUUUUUGAGCCUGCGAGACUUCGACCGCAAAGCCUUCAAGGCUUUUCUUCGUAACGACUUCCGCAUGCUCAGCGAGCCAACCAAGAAACCAGGACAGGAGAAACCCUUGCUUUCACUGUCGAUUGAAGAGCGAACUGAAAGAGGGUUCUUCUUCCAAAUCCGGCGCGGUUGGCAGUUCGCCAAGUCACCGGACUUCUCCAAGAGAUGCCGGACGUACACACCCCCGAAGCAGGAGCCAGAGCCCGUGGAGGACUUCAUCGGCCUCUGCACACGGAAGUAUGGCUCCAUGGUGGCUGCCUGGCGCUUUGGCCUCGAUCCGACCGGCAGUGGAUCGCUGAACUUCAACGAGUUCUGCAAUGCCGCCCGUCGGAAUGGCUACAGGGGAAGCCUCCGCAGCUUGUGGGCCGAGCUGUGUGGAGAUCGCAACCUGCUGCGGCUCAAGGACCUGGACUUUGAGAGCAGCGAAGCCGUGACCCGUUUCUUCGAAACCAUCCACCUCACUUACGAGGACUUAGCAACGGUGUGGGUAGAGAUUUUCAAGAAGGACCCGUAUGCCAGCCUUUCCAUGGAAGACCUGUCGUCAGGCUGCAAGGCCUUGGGCUUUCCGGAAGAUCUUGUGGAGACGCUCUUCCUUGGCCUUCAUCCUAAUCCAGGCCACUCCGAUUCGCUGUUCCUCUGGGACCUGGAAGACAUGUUCGUGACCACUCGGCGUCUCUGGGAGUUGAAGAAGCCGAAGUCCUUGCGAAGGCCUGUGCUGCCAGUGGGAACGUCCCUGCUCGUGGCAGCAGAGGUCAAGCUGAAGCCGGAGGAGGAAGACAAUGAGGAAAAGGCCGAAGACAUCUUGAAGCACGAGCUGACGCCACAGCUGGUACGAGAAGCCAUGGCAAGGGACUUCGUGUCUACAGCUGCCUGCUGGGUCACGGAGUUGGACUGGAGAGGCCGAGGCUCCGUCACGUCUCAGCAGUUCUUCGAGCUGAUGCACCGGCUUGGAUGCGCAGGCAAUCUUCGGAAGCUCUGGGCGGAGCUGACUGGCGACCGAGGGGUCCUCCGCUUCAUCGACAUCGAUCCAAAGACUCAGAAGUUGCUGGAGGCGUGCCGCAGGGAGAUCCUGCAGAACCAUGGAACUUUGAUGGAUGCCUGGUACAAAGGAAUUGACCCGCACGACCUGGGCAUUGUGGACCUCGAGGACUUCAGGACCGCCUGCGAGCAAGUGCUGCCGACGUUGAAGCCGAAGGAGGUGGCGACCUUGUUCGGGUACCUCUUGGCUCGGCACGGGCAGCGUUCCCUGCGCAAGGAGGACCUCAAGGCCCUCCUCAUCGGCGUGGCCCCGGAAGAGCGCGAGGAAGCUUGGGGCGAAGGAAUGGAAGCAGAAAAGCCCGUGUCCGUUGAGGAUCAAGCCCGUCUCAUCGACAGCGCCGAGGGCUUCAAAGCAAUGCUCCUUGCGAAACAUGGCAGCUUCUUUGCUGCAUGGGUCUAUGCCCUCGAUAGGGAGAGAAAUGGCUUUGUGGCGAAGCAGGAUUUUUCGCUGAUCUGUCGACGACUUGGCGUGCAGAGAGUUUCCUACCUAUGGCGCGAGUUCAUGCAGGGACAGAAAGGUGGAAUCCUCACCUUGGAGAUCUUCGACGCAGAGACAGCGCAGUCUUGGUCGGAGCUGCACCAUCUGCUGCUGCAGGCAUCUGAAUCCAAGCAGAAGUCCAAAGCUGCAGCAACAGCCGCUGCUGACCAAGCUGCUGCUUCUGCUGACCCCGCGGCUGAGAGUGAGCACUUCUCCCCUGAUCCAUCGGCUGAACCAUCAGCUGAUGCAUCGGCUGAUCCGCCCACAGAUCCUCCUGCUGAUCCCAUCACUGACCCGAGAGCUGACACGGUGGCUGAUCUGGCUGCUCCUGCAGACGGACCCGAAGCAACGCUGGAUUUGGCCACGCUACCAGCUCCUGCCAGCAGGUCGAGGACGCCAUUGCCCAGCCUCAAGGAGGGUUGGAGAGUGGCUUUCGACCCUCAACACAUUCGGCGCGUGGGCAGGCUGCGCUUCUUCGAGGGGUGCAAGUCUCUUGGCUACCCCAAGGACGCAAAUCGACUCUUCGACGUGCUGCGCCCAGAUCCCCACCGCGAGUACCUGGUGUUCGAGGAUAUCGUCGGAGACCUCAACCCGAACGACUUCGCUCUUCGCCUGAAUCCGGAGGGAGUUCCUUUCGCCAAGGACCGAUAUCGGACCCUUGAGGAUGAGGAGGGCAAAAGACGUUAUUGGAUGACGGUGUGCUGUCCCGGGCAAAGAUGA